CUCAAACACUAGUUAGGGUAUUCAUCGGCACCAUAACUGUAAAAAGCCAGAGAGCACGGAGUGCCACCGGAGACCCUUUGAGCCUCUUUAUCAUGGUAGAAUUACCCUUCUUUUCUUUUGGUUGAAAUUCUGGGUUUGAGUUCUGAUAUUACUAUGUAUGGUGAUGUUAGUAGUAUACAAGUACAUGUUAGGGUUAUGGAGGAACAAGCAGUUAGACGUUGUGAGGUUCUUGUCAGAAAUGAGGCGUUGGAAUUGCACACAAAGUCGUUCAAUUUUCUACACUAUGCAACCUUUUCAGACCAGUGAGGCUUGCGGGCUGGGCCACGAGGCCAGUCAGUUGCUCGUUCUAUUGAAGUCAAGUUGUGGUAAACAUUCGACUUUUCAUGCGAACCACCUGACUAAGGGAGUUCGUGUAACUGAAGGAAUCCCUGUUCUAUUUAGAGGGUUGUCUUCUAGAGAUUGUACUUCGCAUUUACCAUUUCAACUCAAAGAAACAUAUGGGCCAAACACCACAAUUCCUUUCUUCACUAGAUCCAUUUCAUCAAAAGCUUCAGAGCAACCAGGGCAAACUGGAUCAAAGAAGCAACCGGGACGAUCUGGAUCAGAGACUAAAAAAGACAUAUCAACCGUCGAGGAUCCCUUUGAUGCACCUACAUAUAAUAUCCCAGAGAAGCCUGUGACAUUUGUAGAGGGGGCUUCCUAUACUGCUAUCAUUCUUGCAGGACUUGGAAUUGCAGGUGCUGCUGGAUAUGCUGUUUUCAAAGAGCUUAUCUUUCAACCAAAAGAGUACAAGGUCUUUAACAAGGCUCUGAAGAGGAUUCAAGAUGACAGCCAGGUUAGAGUUAGGAUUGGAUCCCCCAUUACAGGUUAUGGUCAGGAAAGUAGAAAUCGUGCUGCUCGCCAACGUAUUCCUAAUAAGAUAUGGACUGAUGAAGAUGGUGUAGAGCAUGUAGAGAUUAAUUUUUAUAUUCGUGGACCCCAUGGAGCUGGGAAAGUUUACUCUGAGAUGUUCAAGGACCCAGUGGACAAGCAGUGGAAGUAUACAUAUUUGAUUGUUGAGAUCAAAUCACCAACUCCUUCACAAUUGAUUCUAGAGUCUUAUAUGCCCGCUUAUAACGUGGACAACAAGUAGUCAGAUUCUGACAAGGUUUCAUUCUGUACCAAAUAACAUGGAGAAGGUUACCAAUCUAGUCCUGUUAAUAGUUUUCCUUCUCAAUUUUUUUCUUCAACCCUUCUGAAAGUGUUGAGUUUGAAUUUUGAAGUCCAAUUUUUUGUUACUACCAAGAGGAAUUGUGAUGAUAUGACACUGACCUCAGGCAGUGCAGGGUUAAAAGCAUGAAUUAAAGUGAAAUCAAUUUUUUUUGGAAUUUAUAUUGCUUUUA